AUGGCGGAGAUAAUCGAGGAAUAUGGCCUCGACCCACAUCGCUUCAAAAGAGUUGGUAACAUGGACAAACGAGUGAAGAAGGAUUUCUUCAAGCUACCUCGACCUCGAGAAAUGGUUGAUACAUCGCGGAUUGUAGAACUCAUCUCAAAAAUCGACCCUACGGUACUAGACAGAAUUGAAACAAUCACGGUUAAUGAAAAUCAAAUGACUGAAGUAGCAAGACUAAGCCACUUGGUGGAAGAAGUCGAAAAAAUGUUUGAAAAUUCUCAAAACAUGCAACAUACAAUGACCAUGAAAAUGAAUCAGUAUAAUGCAUUGAUAAACGAGAUGGAAGAAAGGCGAAGUAGCGAUGAAGAAAGAUAUCAGAACACGAGAAAAUCUAUGGAAGCCGAAAACAAAAAACGCACGCAAGAACUUGAACGACAACUAAAGGAAUUCAAGGAACGGGGAAAACAGCUUCAGGGACAGUUAGAUCACUUUAUACAUGAAGAGAAACCAAGACUACAAGCGCAAGUACUGGAUCUCAGCAGUCAAGUCGAUAGACUCAAAGAAAAGCAAUCGGAACAGGACAACCUGAUCCGGGAGCAAGAAUGCGCGUACACAGAUCUAACGGAUGAACUUGAUAUGGCAAGAAAGAACUUGGUGGAGAAAACACGCGAGUGUGAGAAAAUAAGCAAGAAAAAUGUAAACCUCGUCCAAAAAUCUGUUGAACUGGAAAAAAAGAAUAUCGAACUUACGAUUAAGGUGAAAACAGAAAGGGACAGGUCGAGAUUGGCAAACACGUCGAUAAAGCAAAAUUCCUCUGCUAUUGCCGGCACGGAGACGCCAAUGCCAACCAUGGGAAAUGGCAACGAUGAUGACGAUGACAGGUUGCCGGGUAGAGAGAAGGGCACCAACCAUCAUGGCGCCGCUUCACCGUACCUGGGAAAUCAACCUGACAGUGUUGCCGACAAGGAUUACGAUGGCGCCGACAAUAGAGAGUAUUACCUCUCAAAAAACCAACAAGUGCCGCGAUCGCCGGAGGACGUCAAAGAACCUGAUCGUCAACAUGAUAUUGCCUAUCAUUUCGUGAGAAACCUCCGUGAUGCCAAUGUGGCCCAGCAGCUGAGACUGCAGCGACACUUAGUGCCCUUUGCUAACUUGGGUACAGUGGCACAUAGCAUUGCAUCCAACUUGGGCCAGAGCACCACGACAAUUGCAUCGGUCGGACAAGUUGCAGCAACGCCGUGGGGAAACCAGCAACAAGAUACAGAGCGACUGGUGGAGACAAUCGUUGCAGCAAUAUCAAAACUAAACGGCUACAACUACAACGAACGUACCGGCGGUCUCAAGAAAGACGUGAGCAGCGGUACUCGAGAGGUAACAGCCGAGACCGGGACGGUUACUACCGAAGGAAAGAUAGAAGCUCAAGCCGAGGGCGAGACGAACGGAACGACCAGUACCGUCAACGAAGCUAUAGCCGAGGAAGAGAGAAAGAACGGCGAUACUCCAAGAAUUACAGCAACAACCGGCAUAGUUCGAAGGAGAGAGAGCGAAGAAGUGGCACUCCACACCCAAGGCGAGAAAGUCGCUCUCCUUCCAAGGACCGAUCCGUCAGUAGAGAGGACGGGCAACGAGAUCACUCGGUGCCACGCAGAGACUUUGCGUAAUGAACCUGUUAUCACCAAAGUAAAGUGCCUGCUAGAUUCAGGCGCAGCUCCAGCUUUGCUAGACGCGAAUCAUCCACUUGCAGAACAUGCGACAUGUCAUCAAGGGCUACAAUCAUUCAAAAGCUACGAUGGCAUCUGCAAGUCCGAGCCAAAGCGCACUUUGGCUGCGACUUUAAAAACACCGAUAGACAACAGAAAAAUUGGAGAAGUCGAUCUUAUGAUUACGGAGAUCAAGAACAAAUUUGACAUGAUCUUGAACUUCGAAUUUCUUACAAAUUUCUUCACCGGAUACAGCGAAUCUCAUGCGAUCUUAAUCAGAAAAGACAAUACAGCUGAAACCUAUCACCUCAAGCUCCUUGGCAAUAUUAUCAAAACGCCAAAAAUCCGCCUGCAGCCAUUCGAGACCAGAACGAUUGCGACCACUAACCAAUCUCUGGACAGUGGUUUCUGUGAUAAAGACGGGGAUGAAGCAUGGAUGCCUAGAAGUAACUUGAGUCCACAAGGGGAUACAGCUACAAGUGUACCAGCUCGAGAGCAUUGGGCAUUUGAUACAUCCAGAAAUGUAUCAGCACACAACAUCUCUUUCGUCCAAACCAGAAAUAUGGCUAAUGACAUCCCGGUCAUCUCAAGGGGGAAUCAGAUCGACAUAGUCAACAACAGCCCAAGCUUUCUUGACUUGGCGGAAGAUGCAGUCCCGAUACAAUCUGUGUUGCCGAUCAAAGUCGAUGAAAAUUCGCAACCAGAAUUUACUAACCCACCCCAUAUGAGAAAAUACCAGAACCUACCAAAGCUACCGGAUUCAGCGUUUAACAUCAACCAAGCCUUGAGGCCACAAGACAAAGCUAAACUGCUAAGUCUUCUCCAUGAAUAUGGACACGUCUUUAGCAGGAACAGAAAUGAUCUGGGGCCGGGAGCAAGAACACCGUUUAGCUACAAGAUUGACUACACGGUGGAACAGCCACAGCUAAGAAAAAUCAUCCCUAUACCGGAGCGUUACAAGGACGACUUACGAAAGCACAUCAAAGUGCUCGAAGAGCAAGGAGUGGUGGCAAGGGCAGACAUGGAAAUGGUAGUUACCACUUCAUGGGUGGCAGUACCAAAGAAGAACAACACGAUACGAUGGUGCCUGGAUUGUCGACCUCAAAACUCGGUCACUCUCCAGACCAAUUUCCCGUUGCCCCCGCUGACUCAAAUCCUGGCGAAGAUGUCAAACAACAAAUUCUUCUCCAGUUAUGAUUUGACGAGCGCUUUCCACCAAUUUUGCUUGAAUCCGUCCAACUUCCGAUACUACACGUUUUGGACCCGGACAACAAUGUUUUCUACUAUCGGCGAGCUCCCUUUGGAGGCAGAACGACUACUGUAUUUAUACAGAGUCUGUUCUCCAACGUCAUCUUGCCGAAAUAAGAACUUCGAGGAGCAUCUUGAGGAUGUCAGACAAUUGCUCCACAGACUUAGCGAAUGCAACAUCGUACUUAACGUGGAGAAGUGUACCUUUGCAACCAGAACAAUCAAUCUGUUCGGGUACACGUUAUCGGAGAAAGGAUACACGCCAGAAAAAGGAAGGAUCAGCAAAAUCAGGGAACUCGCGACGCCGAAAACCAAGAAGGAGCUUAAGUCCAGUGUGGCGGCACUUGCCUAUUACCGGGCAUCAGUAGAACGCUUCGCAGAGUUUGCGGCACCUCUCUUUGAUUUGCUCAAAGAAUCGGCAAAGUUCGACGAAUCAGAAGUAGAAAGACCGUGGCGCAGGCUCUUAAGGGCGGUCGAGGAAGCACACACACUCACAUGUCCCGAUCUCAACCUAAAAUUCAUCCUGAGAACAGACUCGUCCAAGCGAUCUUAUGGUUCGAUUCUGAGUCAAAUAAGGGGAGAUAAGGAAGAGAUCAUCAGGAUUACGUCGAAUCAGUGGACUUCCACACAGCUGUGUUGGGCAAUAAGUUGCAAGGAACUCAUCUCAACCGCGGCUGGAGUCCGAGCGAAUGAGGAACUGCUCAGAGGGAAGUUCUUCCACAUAGAGACAGACAAUCAAGCGAACUUGCAUACUCUGCAGAGUCGCAAAAGAAUCUACCUCGACAGAACUGGACCUGUAGCGCGUGCUAUCCUCUACCUGGCUCUUUUUGACUUUUCGGUGGAAUGGCUCAAAGGAACAGAAGAGAGGUUCUUGCUGACUGAUUUGCUGAGCAGAAAAGUGAUCACAAAGGACUCAGAGAUCAGAAUAGCCCAGAAAACGAAGGAGCCAUUACUCAGUGUGCGGACCUUAACCGACAAGUGGAUCCCUCUUGAUUCUCAGCAAGCUGAGGAAAUCGACUUCCAGUACGGAAGCUCGCCGCUAGCAGCUUCAAUUACGCAAGCGGUAUGGUCAAAACUAGGAAACACCAAAAAGGUCGGAAUAGAUGCCAAGCCAGCAACAAUCUAUUAUGAUCAAGAGGAACCUGUAACGACAAUCAGGAGGCGAAUCCACCAGAUCUGUGCGGUGAAAACAGCACCAGCGGUUACCAGGCCAAAUUUUGCCACAAUCAUAUCGGAAGUGAAACACCGGCAGAAAGACGACCCAGCAAUCCGAUCGAAAGUAAGGAGUGUUCUGGCCGGCCGUCAGAAAAAGAGUGGCUACGAAGCUAAAUUAGAACCACCCUCUACAACGUAUGUUCUACGACGGCAUGGGAAACUCUGUGUUCCGGAAGAAAUGGUUCCGGAAAUAAUGCAAAAAUUGCACUCACACAGAAGUAACCGGCUGGAACUGCAAAUUCUUCAGUCGAUGGACUUGUACUGGGAAGGCAUGGCUACAAGUGUAUCCGAUUGGGCGCUGGCCUCCAUGGGAGUCUCCUGUCGAGAGAUGGUUGAAACGUCCAAUAUGCAUUUCAAGAAAGAUGCAUGUCCCUUGUUGUCGGUUAUCAGCUACGGCGUCGAUGUCAACAACAAUCCCAAGAAGGUCUACAACCAUCUUCUCAGCGAAAUACGCGUGGCCAAAGAUAUCCAGUUCAGCCUUGCUGGAAUAAAAGUCGCACUUGAAAAUGCCGUCGCUGCUGUCGGCCCCUAA